GCCGGGGGCUCGCUGUUGCCCGGGUUACGCCGAGGCACGUGUGCAGUCCCGGAAGCUGCUCUGGGAAGCUGCCCAGCGCGCGCAGCGGGAGGAAACGCAGCCGGGUCUGCUUGGGUCGGGUCUGGCUGGGCCAUGGAGCCAUUCCCUGAGCCCGUGUCCCGGCGCAGGCCCCGCUGGCUUCUGCUGCUUCCCUUGCUGCUGCUGCUGCUGCUGCUGCAGCCGACCCCGGAGCUGGGCCUGAGCCGGGUCCACGCCGAGGAGACUGACUGGGUUCGCCUGCCUAGCAAAUGCGAAGUGUGUAAAUAUGUCGCUGUGGAGUUGAAGUCAGCCUUUGAGGAAACUGGCAAGACCAAAGAGGUCAUCGACACAGGCUAUGGCAUCCUGGACAGGAAGGCCUCUGGAGUCAAAUACACCAAAUCCAUUUCAGAGCCCCCAGACCAGAUGACCUAUCUUCCUUCCAGCUCUGACUUCCCGUUGUUCCUCUCGUGCUGCUGUCUUGGCAGGGACUUACGGUUAAUUGAAGUCACCGAGACCAUUUGCAAGAGGCUCCUGGACUAUAGCCUGCACAAGGAGAGGACUGGCAGCAACCGGUUUGCCAAGGGCAUGUCAGAGACUUUUGAGACGCUUCACAACUUGGUACACAAAGGGGUCAAAGUGGUGAUGGACAUCCCCUAUGAGCUGUGGAAUGAGACCUCUGCAGAGGUGGCCGACCUCAAGAAGCAGUGCGACGUGCUGGUGGAAGAGUUUGAGGAGGUGAUCGAGGACUGGUACAGGAACCACCAGGAGGAGGACCUGACUCAAUUCCUUUGCGCCAACCACGUGCUGAAGGGCAAGGACACCAGUUGCCUGGCAGAGCAGUGGUCUGGCAAGAAGGGGGACACAGCCGCCCUGGGAGGAAAGAAGUCCAAGAAGAAGAGCAGCAGGGCCAAGGCCUCAAGUGGCGGUGGCAGCAAACAGAGAAAGGAGCUGGGUGGCCUCGAGGGAGAUCCCAGCCCCGAGGAGGAUGAGGGCAUCCAGAAGGCAUCCCCCCUCACACACAGCCCCCCGGAUGAGCUUUGAGCUUAACCCAGCAUCUCCUGAUCGGAGACGGAGAUGGAGACCCCAACCUGGAAGGUGAAGAAUCUUGGGCAGGGCUCUGGCAGGCAAAGACAGCUCUUCCAGCCUCAGGUCCUCCCUGCCUCAGCUGUGUUCCUGUUGGGGAAAGCCACAGCUCUGGGAAGAACUCAGAUCAGCUGCAGUCAGCCCACUCCAGCCUUUUCUUUCUGCCAAGCAUUUUUCUCCUGGCAAAGCUUCAGGCAGGCCAUGCGAUUUGAGGACUGCCGAGGACUCCAUUGUGAACUCGAGGGGCAGGUGUCAGAGCUGGGCCCCAAGACUGGAGCCCUCCAAAGCCCUUGUGAAGGGCACGCCUGGCCUUUACUUCUCACUCUUCCCCUCACAGGGAAGCAAGACUGCAGGCCUCAGCUCCUCCUCUCUGCUCACCCCUCCUGUGGACACCUUGUGCUCUGCCUGACCCUCCCCAGGGCUCACAGAGUAAAAACCUUUUGGCCUUCUUUGUUCUGAUUUCUGAGUCACCUUCAGCCCCUCAGAGGGGCCUGGAGCCCCUUAUUGCUCUUCCCUGCCCCUCACCUUGGGGCGAGUCCCAGCACAGUGCCCUUGGUCUCCCUGAGCUCCCCAAGCUUGGAGCAGCCUCACUUGUGCCCUGGACACUUGGCUGCCCUCAUUCCCUCUCUCCCUCCCUCCCUUCCAAAGCCUUCCUGUUUGUUGUGUAAAGUUUACUGGUAGCCCCACCAGCCCCUGCUCCUCAUUCUCACCUCCAUCUGGCCCUGCCUGUUCUUGAACCUUGCUCCCUGAUGACCACACCUGAUUGAUCACUCUGCCCUUUUUAGCUGUUGUGCCUGGAGCCCGAAGGGCAGGACACUUCAAUCCCCCAACAACAGUUGGUUAUACCAUGUUCUCUGGGAGCAAGGGAGGAACAGGAAGGCUGGUCUCUAGGGAGGAAGAGUGGGACUCAGGCACCUGCCCAGCCUGUCCUGAGGGCAGGGAUCAGGGCAUUCAGUAGCAGUAGCGAUGACAACUGCACUAUUCACAAUGCUCUAAUUUUACCCCUUACAAUGCACUCAAGGAGUGAGCGCUAUUAACUCCAUUUUGUAGAAAAGGAAACUGAGGCUCAAGUCAAAUGAUGUUCCCAAAGUCCUGCUGUUAAUAACUGUACAGCUGGCACUCAGACUCUACUACCCCACAGCUGGCACUCAGACUCUACUACCCCACAGCUUUCAGACUCUACUACCCCACAGCUUCCAGGACGCCAUCCCCCAAUACCUGGCACUGGCAGUGUGAUUCAUAUUGAAUUGGUUUGGUUUCUUGGUCUUAACCCACCCCCAGCACCACACCUCUUUUAAAAGGAAAGUAGGAAGCAGCUGUUGCUGCUUAGAGUGAACGCUGGAAGGUCUCUCCAGCGCUGCACCCCCACCAGGCCCCCUUUGAGCACCCACACAGACUCCCUCACACUUCCUGUGCUGGGCCCAGUUGGUAGUAGGGGAUGCGCUGCUGAAGAGCCCCAGAUUCUUCAGCUUCUGGUGAAGAGGCUCAGGUCUGAACAACGGGGGAUGAAGGGUUCCCACAUAUCCUGGGCUCAGCCCGUCUUCUGUUCCCCAACAAGUGGGGGCAGCCAAGGCUAGAGAAAGUAGAGCAAACUGGAAGUUUUUUAUCUUCUGGCUCGUGAGGUUUAGAACAGGUCCUUGAAGGAUGAUACUUUUUUCGUCUAGCCUCCCAUGGCCCCAUUUCCAGGACCGAUACUGCCCCCUGUUAAAAGGGCUGUGAGAUUCCAGCCUAGACUCGUGUUGCAAACUGGACUUUGUUCUGAGCAUAAGAAAUGAUUGGGGGUGGGGGUGGGUCUGGAACCCAGGGCUGGAGAACUAUUUGCAGCCCCAUGGAUUUCCAGUCUGAUUCCCCCAUUCUGUCACUAACCCUAACCCAUAGCACUUCAGUACCUGUCUUAUAUUUGUCCUCAAAGCUUCAUUGAUCUUUAGAGUAGGAUGAGGCAAAGAUCUGUCCCAUUACUGGGGUGUUGGCCCAGUGGUCCAAUCCCAGGCCCAGACCAGAGGGCAGACAGCACUGUGACUACUUUGCUCUUUGACCUGUGGCUGUCCCAUGAUAGCUCUCUCCCUCCCCCCAGCCCCCAGAAGGGUCAGGCAUGUUACACACUCACUAGCUCUCUACCCACCCGCUCCAGCAGGCAGCUUUGACCCUGGCCCAGCUUAGAAAAGGCAAAAGGGAGGCUCCAGCUUCCCAAGUUUUCUUUUUUUUUUCUCUCCCAAUACAUAUACAAGCUUUUCUGAACUUGAAUAUUGCCUCCCACUUUCCCACACCCCUUCCUUCCAUAAGGUAAGGGAACUGCCUGAGAGCUCAAGGUAACCUGAUUUUAGUUCUUAUUAGAAACCGUAUUAUAACAUGGUUUUCCUACAUUCACCUGGAUAUAGAAUGCUUGUUAAACAUACAGCUGUUUGGGCCCACCUCAGAUUUGCUGGGUUGGGGACCUAGGAGCUUGUCUGCUUAACAAACAUCUCUCAAGGUCCUUAAGAUGAGGCCAGCUAGACCCCACUUCACCAGGAGAAACUCGGGAGGGAAUUUCUAAGAGAGAGCAGGGCUUCAAUGAAGUCAUACUAUCAAGGUCUUGUCCUCAGAAACACGACUUGUCAGAAUGCCAGAGGAUCUCUGUUGGAGACUUCCAUCCAGAACUACAAAGGCCGAUGAACAAACCCUAAAGCCAAUUUGUUCCGAUUUGAUGAUUAAAAUAACCAUAGGCCCAGAUAGUCAAGUCUCAGGGGUCGGGCUUCUGCGUAUUUGUUUCCAACGGCAGCUCCUAGAAGGCAAACUCCUCUCGUUAUUUCCAAGUCCCUGGGUGGUAUUCCCAUGCAGCAUCGUUUUGACAGUUAGAAAAUGAUGCUCUUGACACCUUUGAUUUCCAUCUGUCUGAAAGUUGUUUUGAUAUGUUUUGUUAGAAUAAGACAUUUAGUCACCAGAAUUCCUGACAGAAAAUUAUAAUAAAUAUGCAAACCCAUGAA